UACUCAGAUCCUGUUUGGGUGGCCCGUGCCUGCUUGGUUCCUGGUGUGACCUCUCCCAAGAUGCCUGAGCCGGGGAAGAAGCCAGUCUCAGCUUUCAGCAAGAAGCCACGGUCAGUGGAGGUGGCCGCAGGCAGCCCUGCCGUGUUUGAGGCUGAGACAGAGCGGGCAGGUUUGAAGGUGCGAUGGCAGCGAGCAGGCAGUGACAUCAGCGCCAGCAACAAGUAUGGCCUGGCAGCCGAGGGCACGCGGCACACGCUGACGGUGCGGGAUGUGGGCCCUGCCGAUCAGGGGUCCUACGCAGUCAUCGCUGGCUCCUCCAAGGUCAAGUUUGACCUCAAGGUCUUAGAAGCAGAGAAGGCAGAGCCUGUACCAGGCCCUGCUUCCACCCCUGCUGAGGCUCCUGGAACCCCUGGAGAAGCGCUGGCCUCAGCCACUGACAUGGAAGGAGGCUCCCCAAGUCCUGAAGAGCCAAGCUCAGCCACCCCCGAUGGCCCUGGUGCCCCUGAGGACCCCAUUGGCCUCUUUGUGAUGCGUCCACAGGAUGGCGAGGUGACCGUGGGCGGCAGCAUCACCUUCUCAGCCCGUGUGGCUGGGGCCAGUCUCCUGAAACCACCUGUGGUCAAGUGGUUCAAGGGCAAGUGGGUAGACCUGAGCAGCAAAGUGGGGCAACAUCUGCAGCUGCGUGACAGCUAUGAUCGGGCCAGCAAGGUCUAUCUGUUUGAGCUGCACAUCAUAGAUGCCCAGGCCACGUUUGCUGGUGGCUACCGCUGUGAGGUAUCCACCAAGGACAAAUUUGACAGUUGCAACUUCAAUCUCACUGUCCAUGAGGUCAUUGGCCCCGGAGACCUGGACCUCCGAUCAGCUUUCCGCCGCACGAGCCUGGCUGGAGGUGGUCGGCGGAUCAGUGACAGUCACGAAGAUGCUGGGACUCUGGACUUCAGCUCACUCCUGAGGAAGAGCAGCUUACGGACCCUGCGGGACUCGAAGCUGGAGGCACCGGCGGAGGAAGACGUGUGGGAGAUCCUGCGGCGGGCGCCCCCUUCGGAGUACGAGCGCAUCGAGGCAGGACGAUGCCCUCCUUCCCGGGGUAGGCUGGGGAGCCGGGGGCUAAGGGGGAGUCACUCAGCCUUUCAGAAGAAGCUGCAGCCGGCCUACCAGGUGAGCAAGGGCCAGAAGAUCCGGCUGACCGUGGAAUUGGCCGACCCCGACGCCGAGGUCAAGUGGCUUAAGAAUGGACAGGAGAUCCAAAUGAGUGGCAGCAAGUACAUUUUCGAGUCCAUUGGUGCCAAGCGUACGCUGACCAUCAGCCAGUGCUCCCUGGCGGACGACGCGGCCUAUCAGUGUGUGGUGGGUGGCGAGAAGUGCAGCACUGAGCUCUUCGUCAAAGAGCCCCCUGUGCUGAUCACUCGGCCCCUGGAGGACCAGCUGGUGAUGGUGGGACAGCGGGUGGAGUUUGAGUGUGAAGUGUCUGAGGAGGGGGCCCAGGUCAAAUGGCUGAAGGAUGGAGUGGAGCUGACUCGAGAGGAGACCUUCAAAUACCGGUUCAAGAAGGAUGGCCAGAGACACCACUUGAUCAUUAACGAGGCAACGCUGGAGGACGCUGGGCACUACGCACUGCGCACCAGUGGGGGCCAGGCACUGGCCGAGCUCAUUGUGCAGGAGAAAAAGCUGGAGGUGUACCAGAGCAUUGCAGACUUGACGGUGGGCUCGAAGGACCAGGCAGUGUUCAAGUGUGAGGUGUCGGAUGAGAACGUGCGGGGUGUGUGGCUGAAGAACGGGAAGGAGCUGGUGCCUGACAGCCGCAUAAAGGUGUCCCACAUCGGGCGGGUCCACAAGCUGACCAUUGACGACGUCACGCCUGCGGACGAGGCAGACUACAGCUUUGUGCCUGAAGGCUUUGCCUGUAACCUGUCUGCCAAGCUCCACUUCAUGGAGGUCAAGAUUGACUUCGUGCCUAGGCAGGAACCUCCCAAGAUCCACCUGGACUGCCCAGGCCGCACGCUGGAUACCAUUGUGGUGGUGGCUGGGAACAAGCUUCGCCUGGACGUCCCUAUCUCUGGGGACCCUGCUCCCACUGUGAUUUGGCAGAAGACCAUCACAAAGGGGAGUAAGGUCCCAGCAGGGCCAGCCCCUGAUGUCUCAGGGGAUGCAGAUGCCAGUGAUGAGUGGAUAUUUGACAGGAAGCUGCUGUGUGAGACCGAAGGCCGGGUCCGGGUAGAGACCACCAAGGACCGCAGCGUCUUCACUGUGGAGGGGGCAGAGAAGGAAGACGAGGGCGUCUACGUCGUCACAGUGAAGAAUCCCGUGGGCGAGGACCAGGUCAACCUCACCGUCAAGGUCAUCGAUGUGCCUGAUGCCCCUGCCACCCCCAGGAUCAGCAACGUGGGUGAAGACUACUGCACGGUGCAGUGGGAGCCCCCUGCCUACGAUGGCGGGCAGCCAGUCCUGGGCUACAUCCUGGAGCGCAAGAAGAAGAAGAGCUACCGGUGGAUGCGGCUGAACUUCGACCUGCUGAGGGAGCUGAGCCACGAGGCGCGGCGCAUGAUCGAGGGUGUGGUGUAUGAGAUGCGCGUCUACGCCGUCAACGCCGUGGGCAUGUCCAGGCCCAGCCCUGCCUCCCUGCCCUUCAUGCCCAUCGGCCCCCCCAGCGAGCCCACCCACCUAGCGGUGGAGGAUGUCUCCGACACCACCGUCUCCCUCAGGUGGAGGCCCCCGGAGCGCGCCGGAGCGGGAGGCCUGGACGGCUACAGCGUGGAGUACUGCCGGGAGGGCUGUGAGUGCCCUUGCCCAGCCGCUCCAAAUUUUUUUCCCCCCCCCCUGCAGGGGCUCAUGGAGCGCACGUCAGUGCUGGUGAAAGACUUGCCCACUGGGGCCCGGCUGCUCUUCCGCGUGCGGGCACACAAUGUGGCGGGGCCUGGAGCUCCUGUCACUACCAAGGAGCCUGUGACGGUGCAGGAGAUAUUUCAGCGGCCACGGCUCCAGCUGCCCAGACACCUUCGCCAGACCAUCCAGAGGAAGGUCGGGGAGCCUGUGAACCUCCUUAUUCCUUUCCAGGGCAAGCCCCGGCCUCAGGUGACCUGGACCAAAGAGGGGCAGCCACUGGCAGGAGAGGAGGUGACCAUCCGCAAUAGCCUCACAGAUACCAUCCUGUUUAUCCGGGCUGCGCGCCGCGCCCACUCCGGCACCUACGAGGUGACACUACGCAUCGAGAACGUGGAGGAUAAGGCCACACUGGUCCUGCAGGUCGUUGACAAGCCAAGUCCUCCCCAGGAUAUUCAGGUCAUUGAGGCGUGGGGUUUCAAUGUGGCUCUGGAGUGGAAGCCACCCCAAGAUGACGGCAACACAGAGCUCUGGGGCUACACAGUUCAGAAAGCUGACAAGAAGACCAUGGAGUGGUUCACUGUCUUGGAGCAUUACCGCCGCACACACUGCGUGGUGUCAGAGCUCGUCAUCGGCAAUGGCUACUACUUCCGGGUCUUUAGCCAUAACACAGUGGGACCCAGUGACAGAGCCACCACCACCAAGGAACCUGUCUUUAUCCCCAGACCAGGCAUCACAUAUGAGCGGCCCAUCUACAAGGCCCUGGACUUCUCUGAGGCCCCAAGCUUCACCCGCCCUCUGGUGAACCGCUCGGUCAUCGCUGGCUACAACGCUACCCUCUGCUGCGCUGUCCGGGGUACCCCCAAGCCCAAGAUUUCCUGGUUCAAGAAUGGCCUGGACCUGGGUAAAGACGCCCGCUUCCGCAUGUUCAGCAAGCAGGGAGUGUUGACCCUGGAGAUUAGAAAGCCAUGCCCCUUCGACGGGGGCAUCUAUGUCUGCAGGGCCACCAACUUACAAGGCGAGGCACAGUGUGAGUGCCGCCUGGAGGUGCGAGUGCCUCAGUGACCAGACUGGCUCCCUGGGGAUGGCCAGGUGCAGCCGGAUGCCAGCCCACGUGCCAAGAGCCUGGAAGGAAGCUGGACAAGCCACCUUCCUGUUGGACAUAUGUGUGCAAGUGUGUGUUUUGGAGUUGGGCUAGCAGAGCACCAGUGGGGCAGCGUAGUUAUGAGCAGACAUUGGGAGGGGGGGCGUGACUCCACACAGACUAAACUGUCAGAGCGCCCGCUGGAAGCUCGCAGAUCCCUGGACUUAGGAAAUGAUGGCUGGGGACAGGCCCUUCUGACCUGCCGUGUUUUCUCAGUGUGUAAGGGCAAUAAAAGAUCAGUGCAGUCACAGA